AUCAAUUUUGGUUCGGGUUCGGUGCUACUUUAUCGGAUCGGGUUCGGUUCGGUUCUUCGAAUUCAGGUUUUUUUGCCCAGCCCUACACACAAUCUUGGGGUUUACCUUUUAAUUUUGAUUUAGGAUGUAACUGUUGUAAGUUCUUCAACUCGGUUAUUGUGGAGGCUCGUUUUUUUUCUCAUGUAAGAAACAUAGGAACUGAAUUUAUUUAUUUUCCUUUUCAAAGCUACAAAUUAACAAAUCGAAGACAUGUGUAUUUCCCUUUAAAGAAUCUAUCUUAUUAAAACAGAAACAUUACAACUUCUUCUAGGUGGAUUUUUAAGUUGGACAUCACAUUAUUAUUCUUAGCCUAACCAUACAUUUUAAUAUUUUCUUUAUCGGUUCAAUAUAGUCCAUUUAUCUCCAUCAUCUAAUAUAUAUUUAUAUCCACCAUAUCAUACUCCACCAUAAAAAUAUACAUCUGUUAAAAACCCCUCCCUCUAAUGUGAAACGUUAACAUACAUAUAUAUCAAAGUUACACUAUAUAAAAAUUCUUAACUUUACACUCUCACAUUGUCAUACUUAUAUUAUAUACUUAUAUUAUAUCAAAGUUACACUAUAUAAAAAACCCUCUCUUUACACUGGUCCAUAUCACGUUUUAGCAUUGAUUAGUCAUUAUAUUUUAAAAUACUUAUUAGGCUACAAAACUUCAUAUGUUACAAAAUUCAUAUGGUCGUAUGAAUUAUAUUUUAAAAUACUCAUAUGGUCGUAUGAAGUAACAAAACUUAAAAAUGCCUGACAAAAAACUUUUAUAACAAAACCCGAAUAUAUUUCCAUUUGAAACUGAAUUUAAAACAGAAGAUUUGAUUUCAACCGUAUAUUCUUAUUUCAAUAACAUAAACAUCAGUUUAUACUUUAUAAAAAACGUUUAUAACAAAACCCCUUCCCCAAGUUGUGCAUAUAUGCCAAAAAUCUCGGAUAUGGAAAACGCCCUUCUCCAAGUUUGUUAGAAUAAAAUCUAGAGAUUUUGUAUUUAUUAUAACUAACCUAAUAGGUUAGGGAAUAUUCUUUACCUCCCACUUAAAUGUCUCCAUAAGUAUGACUCUUCUUAUUCAGCAUUCAACAUCCACAAAAAGUUCCACAAAAAAAAUGUCUAAACCAAGCACAAAAGUUCUAAUCGAUGGUGUGAAACCUGUCAGGCACAAUCUAUCUUAUUAAAACAGAAACAUUACAACUUCUUCUAGGUGGAUUUUUAAGUUGGACAUCACAUUAUUAUUCUUAGCCUAACCAUACAUUUUAAUAUUUCCUUUAUCGGUUCAAUAUAGUCCAUUUAACUCCAUCAUCUAAUAUAUAUUUAUAUCCACCGUAUCAUACUCCACCAUAAAAAUAUACAUCUGUUAAAAACCCCUCCCUCUAAUGUGAAACGUUAACAUACAUAUAUAUCAAAGUUACACUAUAUAAAAAUUCUUAACUUUACACUCUCACAUUGUCAUACUUAUAUUAUAUACUUAUAUUAUAUCAAAGUUACACUACAUAAAAAACCCUCUCUUUACACUGGUCCAUAUCACGUUUUGGCAUUGAUUAGUCAUUAUAUUUUAAAAUACUUAUUAGGCUACAAAACUUCAUAUGUUACAAAACUCAUAUGGUCGUAUGAAUUAUAUUUUAAAAUACUCAUAUGGUCGUAUGAAGUAACAAAACUUAAAAAUGCCUGACAAAAAACUUUUAUAACAAAACCCGAAUAUAUUUCCAUUUGAAACCGAAUUUAAAACAGAAGAUUUGAUUUCAACCGUAUAUUCUUAUUUCAAUAACAUAAACAUCAGUUUAUACUUUAUAAAAAACGUUUAUAACAAAACCCCUUCCCCAAGUUGUGCAUAUAUGCCAAAAAUCUCGGAUAUGGAAAACCCCCUUCUCCAAGUUUGUUAGAAUAAAAUCUAGAGAUUUUGUAUUUAUUAUAACUAACCUAAUAGGUUAGGGAAUAUUCUUUACCUCCCACUUAAAUGUCUCCAUAAGUAUGACUCUUCUUAUUCAGCAUUUGACAUCCACAAAAAGUUCCACAAAAAAAAUGUCUAAACCAAGCACAAAAGUUCUAAUCGAUGGUGUGAAACCUGUCAGGCACAAUUGGCAAAUUCGAGUUAAAGUGCUUCAUUCUUGGAAACAAACCACAGCUUUUGCAGGCAACACAUUAGAGUUCAUCCUUGCUGAUGAAACUGGUGUGAAGAUAGCAGCAUCGUGCAAAAGGAAUCAGAUUUCUCGCCUUCAACGCGAAUUACCAGUUGGAGAGUGGAAAACAAUUGAUACGUUUGCAGUUUUGGGUAUUUCUGGACAGUAUCGCCCAACAACCCAUCGAUACAAGUUGUCUUUUUCAGAAGAAACCAUGAUAACAAAAUGUCAAGUUCUAUUUGAUGAUCACUAUCUAUCUUUCUCUAGCAAGUUACGAUGAUCUAAGGAAAAUCGAUGAGAAGAAGAAUUUUUUCCUUAAAGAUGUGAUUGGACAAAUUGUAGAUCUAGAUGGAAUUCAAACUGUUCAAGCUAGGGGGAAAGACGAGCAGAGAGUUCAGUUUCGUUUACGCGACGCCAGUGGUGAUGAUGUUGCGUGUUGCUUGUGGGGGAGGUUCGCGGAACAACUCGACCAAGUGUUCCAAGAUAACAACAAUGAAAUUGUUAUUUGCUUGAUAAGGUUUGCUAAGAUCACCUUUUUCAGAGGUGAAGUACAAGUCAGCAAUGCUUUUGAUGCUUCAAUCGUGGCUAUAAACCCAAAAUUGGAGGAAGCAAUUGAAUUGAAAGAAAAGAUUUUGUCGAAUGAUCUUCCUCUGGCUCUUAUUGAGAAAAGAGAGGAAAAGAAACUUGCCAAGAAACAAAAACAAGAUUGGGAUGAGAUUCCUGUUAGAGCAAUUUCUGAGAUAUUGGAAGCUACUGAUGCUGUGAGUGGCCAUGGAAAACUCCUGGUAGCAAUCUAACAAUCUUGAUCAGAGAACAAAAUGUAAAACUGAUAGAAAGAAUGACGAUACUUUUAACCGAAAAAAUAAAAACGAUUGAUAGUCCAACCUUUACUCGAUAGCUAGAUUAAAACUAUGUAUCCAAUUCAACAAUUUUGUAUUAACAUAAAUCUUUAUUUCAAUCUAGAUUUGUAUCUUAUUUUUUUUAUCUUUGAUUAUUAUGAAUAUCGAGGAAGACGAACAGAUCAGAGAGAGAUACCGACAAAGAAAACUUACAGAGAAUGUAAGAACCCGUGAAUUUCUCAAUCGAGGAUAUUGAUAGCCGAUCUUAUAGGAAUCGAUAAAUCUAGCCACAAACAAAUCAAUCUCUAUAAGAACAAGAAAAUCAGCCUCGAUUGAAGACCGGAUGAAAACAAAGUAUAAGAAUAUAGAUUCUAACCUUUUGAGUAUAUCUAUCGAUGCGCUUGCUCUGUUUACGAGAAUGAAGAAAGAAAUUUUGGUGUUCUCUGAAAUACAAAAUCUUGAUCGGGUGACUGUUAAACUUGAAUCGAUGAAGAAAGAAAUUUUUUUUUGUUAUGCUUCCAAAAAAAAGACACGUUUAUGUCCGUAGAAUAAAAUAAAGUAAGAAAAAGAAAAAUAAAACAAAACCGUUUUUAUUAUUUCUUUUCCUGGACUAAUGUUGUUACUUAUGGGCUUAUUGUUUUGAUAUGGGCUUGUGGAUUACAAUAAAUUUUUGCUUUAUGGAUCAUAAUAGUUAGAUUGCCAUCUAUUCUAUUAAAAAAAAAACAAUUAUAUGAUUGCACUUAAUUUUUUAACCAAACACAUUUUGUUUCUUUAUUGCUUAUAAUUCCAGCAUACACAUUGAAAAUACUAUUCUAUUAAUAAAAAAACUUAAACUAUUAUUUUUUUCGAUUAGUACACUUCUAUUUACAUUACUUAAACAAAACAAUUGUUAUAUCUAUCAAUUAAAACAUUUAUAUAUCCACAUGGAGUUAAUCUAUUAAUUAAUUUUUUUAAAAAAAAUUCACUUUUGUUUGUUUUUCUAUUUUAUUAUUACAAUUAUUUUAUUAUAAUAAUAAUGAUGACUUCAGAGAUGUUAGUCUAUAUCGUUUUCGUUAAUGUUAGAUUAGUAUUUUCACCUUAUGUCUAUGUUUAUAAUAUACUGAUAUGUUAAUCAAAAUUGUAUUGGUUACUAUUAGGUUAGUGUUUCACUGAACAUCUAUAAUACACAGUUAUUUUGAUCCAAA